AUGGUGCCUCGGAUCUUGGCUGCUGUUUUCCUUGUUGAACUUCUAUGCUCUAGCUCAGAAGGGCAAGCAGACUCUGAACUGUGGAUGUGCCAGCCAGUGCCCAAGUGUGGAGACAAGAUUUACAACCCGUUGGAGCAGUGCUGUGAUGAAGGGACUAUCCUACUCCUGAACCAGACCCGUGUCUGUGGCCACAACUGUCCCUACUGGCCCUGCUUCCAGCAAUGUUGCCACGAGACCCUGGGCUCCUGGAAUCAGUUAGUGGUGAGGUUCAGGGUCCCAGGUAAGAAGUCCAACUGCGUGUCCUCCCCCAUCACCAGGAUCUGCAUCCAGCUGGACUCCUAG